AUGAAAUUUCUAUAUUUAACUUUAGCCUUAACGAUAAUAUUUUCGCAAACAGUAUUCUCAAGAUGUCCAAGGCGAGUAAUUCGUCCCAACCCCAUGAUGGGGCCCUUUCAAAACAUUUUCGUGCCAGGAUAUAAUGAAAGAGCCAUGCCAAUACGUAUGCCAAAUGGCCGUUUGGCGUACGAAGAAAUUAAACCGACUAACAUACCAGUUAUGCAAUUACAACGUGAAAUUGAUGUAUCAAACGUGAGAGUUCUCCAACCGAACAACGCCUAUCCACAAGAAACAAUAUAUUUCAAAAGUCCAGAAGUAAUUUCACAAGUUGUGCCUAAUAUUCCAGUCUUUCCGAAUGUGCCAGUAACUGCGCCAGCGCCAACGCCAGUGGUGCCAAUGGCUCAACUACCAAUGGCAUUACCACCUGCACAACCGGAGAUUGUCUAUCCUUAUCCUGCAGUUCAAGAGAAAAGUAAUUGUCCUUGUUCCGCAUGUGCUGCUCCAGCUCCUUUGAUUAGUCCAUUUUUACCAUCAGCCUCACCAAUUUCCGCUUGGGCACCGCCGACUUCAAACCUGCUACCUCCUGUCAUACCUAGCCAGAGCAGAAGCCAAUUUUUAAGGAAAGUACCAAUUCCACCGCCAACUUUA